AUGUCUGGGCAAGAGGACGCUGAGAGGACACGCCGAAACUAUCACGCGCCAUACACAGCCAAGCAUCCCAUCCCGACCAUCUCCGAGUACCGAGAAGAGAAGCAGGCCCGCGAGGAUGCCGCUGGUGUUGGGGAUGGAGCCGACCUAGAGCAGAGCCGCACCGAUCGCGCCAAGGAAGGAUGGAGAACGUACUGGCGAGGAGACGACAAGGAGGAUGGCAAUGAGGAACAAGGACAGGAGCACGACCAGCCGCAGGACGGCCAGUCGCAAGGACGUCAUGCUGGCAUGGACAUAGAUGGAGAUGGCGACGUUGACGAAGAAGACGAGAAAGAGGCAGAAGCGGUGGUGGACACAUCUGAAGUCACGCCAGUCUCGCAGAAAGGCGGCAAGAGAGGUAAGAACAAGCAAGCACGAGCAGAGCGAGAAGUUACAGACCCGAUCACGCAUCUGCCUGUGAAGAUCUACGACUUCACCGAAGACUCUCUCAAGGAUGUCGACGAAAACCCUCUGCCUUUUGGCAGGACCACGAGAACAGCGACUGGACUCAGUAACAAGGCCAAGACGGAUCAAGAGCUUCGGGAAGAGACCGGAGAGAUCGCAAAGGGGAAGGAGUCUAUGAGCGCGCUCUUUCCUCCACCCAGCUACGAAGUGGUGAAACAGGACAUGAUCAAGAUCAACAACAUGGGCAUCGCAGUAGGGCUGUCUGGCGCAGCCAUUAUUGUUGUCUUCGCCAUUUUGCUAGAGCGCAUGAUCACACCACAAUGGCUGGCACACAUAUUUGGCGUGAAAGAGCAGUCAAGUUGGCUGUUUCGGUUCGGCACGUGGCCAGGUUUGGCAGCUCUCAGUGCGACAGGCAUCUUCUUCUUGAUUUCAGGAGUUCGAGAAUGGGUGACGAAUCGCAUGAAAGACGAAUGGGAAGAUCAGAUCUGGGAGGGUAAUCUGGAAGCGAAGAGGCAGGAGGCGAAAGCCCACGAAACAGAGUCGACAAUGUGGCUGAACCAGCUCGUGGGCUCUGUAUGGCCUCUGAUCAAUCCGGAUCUCUUCACGAGCCUUGCAGACAUGCUCGAAGAUGUCAUGCAAGCAUCGUUACCACGCCUGGUGCAGAUGGUGAGCGUGGACGAUAUUGGGCAAGGUAGUGAGAGUUUAAGGAUCCUGGGUAUUCGAUGGCUACCAAGUGGUGCUGCUGGUCGAUCGGUGGGCAACGAUGGCAAGGUCCAGUCCGAGAAAGACAGUAAGAAGAGUAACGAUCGAUCCGUACCCGGUCAAGGCGAAGUCGACCAGUCGGCUGGACAAGGUGAUCAAAAGCAACAGAACGGCGAUCAGGAUCAGGACCAAGACCAGGAUCAAUCAGAUGGAGGUGCAGAGAAGGCCCAGGUCGCUGAGGGCAUGGAGGCAGAGGAAGGCGACUUCAUCAACCUUGAAGUUGCUUUUGCCUACCGCGCUCGAAAGUCCGAGUCGUUCAAGGACCGCACCAAGGACAUGCACCUUUACCUCGCCUUCUAUCUGCCCGGUGGCUUGAAGCUUCCAAUCUGGGUCGAUGUCAAGGGUGUUGUCGGGACUUGUCGAAUGCGACUGCAAUUGGCACCGGACCCGCCCUUCUUCGCCCUUUGCACUCUCACUUUCCUCGGGCAGCCCAAGGUCGACAUCAGUUGUAUCCCCUUGUUCAAGCGCGCACUCAACAUCAUGGAUCUACCACUGAUCAGCAAGUUCGUGCAAAGCUCAGUCGAUGCUGCCAUGGCAGAGUACGUCGCGCCGAAGAGCUUGACACUGGAUCUCAAGGACAUGCUGGCAGGAGACGACUUCAAGAAGGACACGGUCGCACGCGGCAUUCUCGUGGUUGACAUUAUUCAUGGCUAUGACUUCAAGGAGGGCGACACUAAGAUUCCCAUGAUCUCUGACGGCAGUUCGGACCCCUAUGUAUCCGUUGGCUGGGCCAAGUUUGGCAAGCCGAUGUUCAGUACCAGAGUUUUGAUCAGUGAGCAGGAGCCAUUCUGGCAUGAGCGAGCUGUGCUGUUAGUGACGCCAGAGGAGCUGAACGUGGACGAGCGCCUUCGACUGCAGCUAUGGGACUCGGACCGCUUUACUGCAGAUGAUGAUCUAGGUCGCAUAGAAGUGGACCUGAAGCAGAUCAUGACUUCGGAUGAUACAAACGGCAAGAUGCAUUAUCGCACUGAUGGUUUCCGUGCCCUCAAGGCGGGCGAGAAUAUGCCCGGUAAGCUCGAGUGGCGAGUAGGGUAUUUCUCAAAAGCUCGACUUCAAGCUUGCCAGUUCCAGAAGCAGACCUACGACAAGGAGAUCCGGUCAGAGCAAGACCUGGAAGAGAAGGUCAAGGCUACCUGCGAACGAAAGCUUCGUGAAGCUUCGAUCAAGAAGGGUCGUCAUGGCCGUGAUAUGGGUGAGCUUGAACAACAGAAGAAGCAAGAACGCAAGGCCACAGAAGAUGCCAUCAUCAUCUGCGCUCCACCACCUGAUGGUUACCCAAGCGGUGUCUUCUCGAUUCAAAUCCACCAAAUCACCGGCCUUGAACUCGAGCGCCUGAGCAAACCGGAAACAGACAACCGCGAUGACGAAGCCGAAGAAGGAGGCGACAUGCCCUCCGCAUACUGCAACAUCAUCAUCAACCACCGCAAAGUCUUCAAGACCAGAACGAAGCCUAAGAACUCCAAGCCCUUCUACAACGCCGGCACCGAGCGUUUCAUCCCCGAUUGGCAUAACGCCGAAGUCUACGUCGCCGUUCGCGACGCCCGCGAAGGUGAGAACGAUCCACUCCUCGGCAUCGUCCACCUCCCUCUUGGGGAAGUCUUCAAAGAUCGCGCGCAAAUCAACGGCUACUAUCCCAUCAUGGGCGGCAUCGGCUACGGCCGCAUCAGAAUCUCCAUGGUCUGGCGGAGCGUCCAACUCCAAGCACCACCCGAACAACUCGGCUGGGAAUGUGGCACUCUCGAAGCCAAACCCGUCAUCGACAGUACCCAGUGUCGAAUCCCCUCCGACCUCUCUGACCUAACCAUGAAAUUUCACACCAGCAUCGGCAAUGCGAAAAUGUGGCCACACAAAUCGGACCAAAACUGGCGAACGCGUCGAGGCCGAAGUCUCUUCCUUCCUGUGCAGAAACGCUACGCUUCCUGCCUCGCGAUUCGAUUCAAACGCCAUGGCCUCAUCAAGGACAAGACUGCUGCUUUUGCCAUCCUGUGGCUUAAGGACAUUCCCGAUGAAGAAGAGAAGACUCUCACCCUACCAAUUUACAAAGGCGACUACGACCGCGCCUCGACCUGUACCCUCGAUGCCAACGAUACUGGAGAGAAAUCUUCCCCGGGCGAGAAAGUAGGCCACCUCACCCUGACGCUGACAUUCUGGUCCGGCCUCGGACGCGCGCACAGUAACUGGGCCAGCAAAGACCCUGAUCUUAAGAACGUCAUGGAGGUCCUUGAUGUGGCGCAUGAUAGUUAUGAGUCGAAAAAGACGGAGGAGAUGGUGGGCAUUACGGACGGGGAUGGGAAUAAUACUGAUUCCUCCUCCGACUCGGACUCGGAUUAUGAUAGCUCUGAUGAUGACCGUAGCGGCGGCAAACCACCCCAAGCCGACGGUGGCGCUGAUGGCACCGUAGCGAAACAAGGCGACGACGGCAAACGCAACAUCAUCGAUAAGGCCAAAGACUACAGUCACCAUGCGAAGCAGCAGCAUAGGAGGAAUAGGGGUGCUAUGCAGUUUAAGAUCCCCCGAACAGCGAAUUGGGCCAAAGACAAAGCGGAGAGAGUCGAGGGAAAGGUUAAGGGGAUAUUUAGUCGGCAUACCAGGGAACCGGGCAUUGAGACUGAGGUGUAG